AUUACAUGUGUAUACGUUUGUAGACAAACUAACGUUAAUGUAACGCAAGCUCUAAGUAAUCUUAGUUCGCCAAGACAAAAAGUGCACCUAGUUUGCUUCUGCUAACGAGUCCCGGCGACAUUCACUUCAGCGUAGAGAGAAACUUAGAGUCACAGCACCAUGAGUAAGAGGAAGAUGAAAGAUGCUCAUUUUCCAGUAGGAGAAUGCAUUACACAGGUUCAGGAGAUUUUAAGGGAGCGGCUUUGCCAUCAGCUGCUCCCCGACAGGCCGGAGGGAGUGGAAGCUCAACACAAACACCUCCUGGAGCUGCUGAAGCGGACGGCCGUCCAUGGGGAGAGUAACUCGGUGCUAAUCGUCGGUCCCAGGGGGGCAGGAAAAACAAUGUUGCUGAAGUGUGUGUUGAGAGAUCUGCUAGAGGAAAAAGAAGUGCAAAAAAACCUGCUACAGGUUCAUCUCAAUGGUCUCCUGCAGACUGAUGACAGAAUAGCGCUAAAAGAAAUAACGCGACAACUCCAGCUGGAAAACGUUGUCGGUGACAAAGUGUUUGGAAGUUUUGCAGAGAAUCUGGCUUUCUUGCUGGAGGCACUGAAGAAAGGUGAUCGCAGCAGCAGCAGCCCGGUGUUGUUCGUCCUAGAUGAGUUCGACCUGUUUGCCCACCAUAAGAACCAGACGCUGCUCUACAACCUGUUUGAUGUCUCCCAGUCUGCCCAGGCUCCUAUCGCUGUGGUCGGCAUUACCUGCAGACUGGAUGUUCUGGAGCUGUUGGAGAAGCGGGUAAAGUCGCGGUUUUCCCACCGUCAGAUCCACCUGCUGAGCAGCCCGACGUUCCCUCAGUACCUGGAGCGGGUCCAAACCCAGCUCAGCCUGCCGGACGACUUCCCUGACAACAACUUCGCUCAGGACUGGAACGCCAGCAUAAAGACUCUGUGUGAGGACAAAUCGGUUGGGGAUGUUUUACAGAGACACUUCAACUCCAGCAAAGACUUCCGUUCAAUGCACAUGCUGCUGAUGUUGUGUCUGAGUCGCGUGUCUGUAGCCAAACCUGCCGUCAAACCUGCAGACCUGCUGGAGGCCAGCAGACUGUGUUUUGCUGACACCAAAGCUAAUAUGCUCCACGGUCUGUCCAUCUUGGAGCUGUGCCUGAUCAUCGCCAUGAAACACCUCAACGAUGUCUAUGAAGGAGAGCCGUUCAAUCUCCAAAUGGUUCACAACGAGUUUAAGAAGUUCCUGCAGAGGAAGUCGAACUCCAUGUACAACUUUGACCAGCCUGUGAUCAUGAAGGCCUUCGAGCAUCUGCAGCAGCUGGAGCUGAUCCGGCCGGUCGACAGCUCCUCGGCCAAAACUCAGAGGGAAUACCAGCUGAUGAGACUCAUGCUAGACCACAGUCAGAUCAUGGAGGCCCUGCAGAAGUACCCACAAUGCCCCACUGACGUCAAGCAGUGGGCCAUGUCGGCGUUCGGCUAGGACUCUGAUUACAUUUGGACUUUAUGUAGAUGUUUUAUUUGCUGUGUCAUUACCAGCUCUGGUAGAGAAAAUGUGAAAUUAUAACUCAGUUUGGAAAAAAUAACACAGAACAAAAGGUUUGUUUUACAUACAGAUACUGAACUGGUGAAAUGGAAACAAGCAUUACAGCUCGGACCAUGGACCAAAAUUAAAACCAACCAUGAUCUGAACCAGGGAAAAAACAUGGCUGCCAGCUUGUCAGAUGGUUAAAUCUACUACAGUAGUGCAUUUGUUUCAUGACAGGAUUAUUUUUCAUGUACUCAGAAUAUCAAGUUUGUUCUGAAGCAAAGUUUUGUCAACUAGUCACUGUUAAUGAUCAGUUAUCAGGAAAUAAGAAAUUUGGAGUUUUGUAUUACUGGGAUCACAUUCCUCAUGCAAGCUCACAAAAUCAAAGAAAUCACAUCUUAUGCAUAAAGUAACUAGUAUUUUGUUAGUGGACUGUUUGUAAUCAGGAUGACACUUUCUAAAUAAAGUCAUCUGUUCACUACCAA